AUGAAGCAGUUGGCAGCCCAGGAUAAGGAAACGUUCCGAAACUGGCUGACGGCCACGAAGUCCGGGGAGAUCAACCAGAAGGACCUAAGCGAAUUUGAUGUGAACGAAAUGUACAGCAUGCUCGUUGCACUGGCUACGGAGAAAAGAGCGACUGAGAGAUACGACGGGUCGGACACUGACUCAGACCCCUCCCUUAAAGUGGAACUGCCCCUGGGGAGUAGGGUCAGGCGGGGGCCGGACUGGGCGGGGCAGUCCGAAGACGCCGAUGGACCCGGAACAGUGGUCGAACAUCAGAAAGGAAGAAAAGUACUUGUGAAAUGGGACUACACAGACGGCAUUGGGGUCUACAGAUUUGGUGAAAACAACUGCUAUGACGUCUUGCCUACAGACGAACCCAGAAUCCUCCGCGCAGAUCAGUUGAUCGAUGUUGGUGUGAAAGUUGUAAGAGGCCCAGAUUGGGAAUGGGGAGACCAAGAUGGCGGCGAGGGGAACGUUGGAACCGUGUAUAAGGUUGAACAGAGAGGAGCUGUUUGGGUCCAGUGGCCAAAUGGUUCUUACAACAUGUACCGAUAUGGACACGAAGGACUGAUUGAUCUGACGAUCGUUGACGUAGUUUCAUCUGACAACAACGUGCAACCGAAGACUCUAGCCAAUGACGGUGGGAUGCCUAAUACUAGCCAAGAAAAUGGCCAUGCUUGGUGGCAAUGGAACCGCAAUGGAUCAUGGGUAUUGUACCCUGUGAAUGUGAACAUGAGGUUGGAGCAGGAGUACCAAGCAAACCCCAGGUCUGGAGUGGAAGUAGAGAUCGACUCCGUCAGACGGUAUGUUGACUUUCAAAACCUUAAGGACCUAUGUAUGGACACUGGAGAGGAGUUUGAGAUUCAGCGUUCAGUUUUCACAGAAGACGAGUAUGUAGCUGCAUUGUCCACCACGUGAUUGGCAUCCUGUAUAAAAGGACAACCUUGGCUUUAAAUCUAUCAGACGCGAUGAAUACUUUUAAAAACUGAUUGCAUGUUGUUAUGAACGCCUAUUUGUCUUUCAAGACUUCCGGCGAUAAUUUUGUUUUUCUUUUAAAGUGGUUCUAUGAUAUAUUGAAAAAAUUGCUGAUCGAUAUCUAUUUAUUAUGUUAAUGUUCUGGCACUUGAUUAAUGCCUCUAUACACUACAGCUAGUAUGUCACAUUUGAUGAGAAUUUUGGUGACACCUACCAAACUUUGAAUACAAUGUUGUGUGGUGGAUUGCUGUUACCAUUGCGUUUAAAUUCCGAACACAUGCACAUAAAUGAUUUUUCAGCAGUGA